UUCUCAGUCUGACUUCUCGGUUUGACGCAGAAGGUCACUCAGUUGGGAGAAGAACACAGAAGCAGGAGUUGAAAGACGGAGGAGGAGCUGGGAGGUGAAAUGGGGAUUUUCCGCCGCACCGGCAACCAAUCAGAAGCGACAUAAACACGUUACGUCAUUCUUCCCCCCCCCCAUUUCGCUUUGCGCGAGCCAGACAGCGACCAGGUCCUCGGUGCUCGUUACCUCCGUUAUGCGCGUCUCCAAAAACACGUUGAUCUGAAAAGAGAAGAGUGAAAAUGUCCGCCGUGCUGCAGGAGGUGGAUGAAGCAGAGCUGGUGCGCGUGGCGUUAGUCAGAAGCAGCGCGGGCGCGUGCUUACGGGGCGUCCUGAAGAGAUCCGCGCGCGCAGUCGCUCUCAAACUCCUUAACACGGACAGCUGUUUGCCACAGAUCCAGGACGCAUUGGCGCAGGGUGGAGAGUGUGUGGAGCGGGUUCUGCAGCCUGUAGGUGUGUAUCGGAGUCGUUUUCUCACUGGCCUGCUGUGGGACUGGAUGCCUGAAGGAUCUCUUCAUUCUCUGCUGUAUGAGACUCGCCUGUACCCGGACCUGCCGCUGGUUCUCCGCUUACGGAUCCUGCUGGACGUGGCCGAGGGUUUAAAGGUCCUUCACUCCGUCUCUCUGCCUCACGGUGCGCUGAAGACCACCAACGUCCUGCUGGACCACCAGUACCGCGCUAAACUGUGUGACUGGGGACAGCAGAUGCUCGUGGACGUGAGAACCCGUGUCUCUAACGGCGGCGCUCCGUGUUUUAGAGACCUGGCUUUCCUGGCACCGGAGGUUCUGCUGGGAAACGUUCCGUGCGUGAAGUCUGACGUGUACAGUUUUGGGGUUCUGAUGUGGGAGACUCUGAACAGACGACCGCCGUGUGAAGGUUUCGAUCAGCUGCAGAACCUCGUUAUGUGCACUCAGGAAGGGGCGGAGCUAGGUAUGGAGAUUAAUCUGUUGCCCCUGAACACAUCACAAAGCCACGCCCUCACUCAGCUCAUGACCAGAUGUUGGUCUGUUGAUCCAAAACAGCGUCCGCCGGCUGAAGAGUGUGUGCUGGUGCUCAGGAAGGUUCUGGAAACACUGGACUCGGGAGCUCUUUGUACAGCGGUCCACCUGAUAAAAACGUGCAAGGAGAGGGCGCUGCUGAGCUGUAAUCACACUCCGGCCUGGGAGUUGCCUGUGGAGCUCAACAACCUGGAGGGCUACGGUGGCUGCACACGUCCAAAAUCCCUGACGUCCAAGGCGAUUCCGGUGACGGUGCCGCACUCACACCGACACGCCGCUCGAACCUGCAAAUCGGACGAGACGACUCCGAGAGGAAGUCCGCCUUCUCCCAGUCCGGCGCGGGCGUCGCCUCCGACACCAUGCUGCAGGGAUGCGUCAGACGGUCCGGGGAGUUUAUCCGGCAGUAACCCCGGGGUGAGACGUUGCAGUGGAGUUUGGGGCGUAAAACCGUCUCGAGCAUCUCCACCACCAAACACACCGUCCGGCUCGCCCACGUCCCCGAUACACACACCUCUACACCCCGCUAACCAGCCCGUGUGUCCCGCGUCCUCCGGCUGGACGUGCUGUCGUCUCCUGCAGGAGAGACGUGAGGCCAUCGUGCGCUUCAUGACCGAGGGGAGACUCAACAACCUGCUGGACGUGUUGCGGGCGAGGCGGGCGGUCACACGCGAGGACUACGAGUUCAUCACGGCGGCCAUGACACUGAGCGCACGCACGCGCUGCCUCCUGGACACGUGCGCUUGUCUGGGGGAGAAAGUCGCCGUCCUUGUAGCCACCACUCUGGGUCUGGUCUCUAUCGAGGCCACAAACGGACACGCCCGCUCUGUCUCUCUCUUCUAAAGGCCAGGGAAUGAAAUCACUAAAGUGUUCCUCUGUUAUUGACCUCGUUAGUGAGUUAUCUAAGAAGCAUCACGCCCUUUGUUAUAGAGACGGCGACAGAUUUGAUGUAAACUCGGCGCGUGCGACUUGAUCAGACGAGAGCUGAUCUGAUCACAGAGCGUCAGACAUCAUCAGCAGCAUUCUGUGGAGGUGUGAACCUCUUAAUCAGCACCUUUUUAACUCUUUUAAGUGAAUCUCAGGCUAUCAAAGAGGUCCGUGGUCUAUUACAACCUAAUUUAAGGAGCGUAUUUGUUCAGUUGUUUGUAAAAAAUGUUGUUUUUUAAAAAAAAAAAAUUAGAAGUUUUCCGUUUCUAUGGUCUUCUUUUUUUUUUCCGUCCAGCUUUUAAACGUACGCAUUGUUUCUGUCGCUUUUAUGAACCUAUGUGUGAGCUGGGAUUGUCCAUAUUUCUCUCAGUAUGUAAGCAUGGUAUGCUCUCCCGUAGGAGACGUCGUGCACGUUGCACAAACACGAGUAUUUCCUCAUCUAGUAGUGGAUUUUAUCCUGCAAGUAUCUUGUAACAAGAACGUCUUUAUUUUUUUUCACUGUUUUAUACAGCACCACGGUACAGCUCGUGUACCGUAUGGGGUUAAUCGGUGGACAUUAAAAAAGUUUAAAUGCA